UGCUAGGACCUGCGGGGAGCCGCCUUCCCGGGGGCGGGGAGCCGGGAGGCGCAGCAGCUACAAAGGCAGCGGCCGCGAUGGGGCUCCGAAGGCAGAGAGAGAAAGGGACCGGGAAGCGGCUGCGGGGGAGUCUCUGGCACCAGGGCAAAUGGGGUCAUCAAGCAAAAACCAGAUCUACCUUGUGACAGGCGGCUGCGGUUUUCUGGGGAAAAAUCUGGUCCAGAUGCUUCUGAAGGAGGAGCCUGGCCUUGCAGAAGUGCGCGUCUUUGACUUGCACCUUGAUGAAAGCAUGAGACACCUGGAUAGAGUGACUCUGAUCCAGGGCGACAUCAGCAACCUGGAGGAUGUGAAAGCAGUCGUGAAAGGAGCCCACUUGGUCAUCCACACUGCCAGCCUGGUAGAUGUUUGGGGCAGAGUCUCACCUGAGAAGAUCACUGCAGUCAACGUUCAAGGAACUCAGAACGUCAUUGAAGCAUGUGUGACACAAGGAACCCAGUACCUGGUUUACACCAGCAGCAUGGAAGUAGUGGGGCCCAACGCAAGGAGUGACCCCUUCUUCAGGGGAAACGAAGACACCAAAUAUGAGGUUGUUCACACUGAGCCUUACCCGGUUAGCAAAGCCAAGGCCGAGCGUUUGGUCAUCGAAGCCAAUGGACGACUGGUGGAAGGAGGGAAGCAGCUGGUCACUUGCGCUCUCCGGCCGACUGGCAUCUAUGGGGAGCACCACCCACUGAUGAAACAGUUUUACGAGACAGGGCUGAACACCAAAAAGUGUCUGAUCCGAGUCAUCCCACCCUCCACCGAGCACAGCAGGGUCUAUGUUGGCAACGUAUCUUGGAUGCACCUGCUGGUGGCCCGGCAGAUCCAGGAGUCUCCCUUGACCGUUUCAGGCCAGGUUUAUUUCUGCUACGACGACUCGCCUUACAAGAGCUACCAGGACUUCAACAUGGAGUUUCUGGGCUCCUGCGGCUUCCGCCUGCUGGGCUCCCGGCCACUGCUGCCUUCCUGGCUCCUGUGGUUCAUGGCGCUGUUCAAUGCCUUCCUGCAGUGGCUGCUGAGGCCCCUGUGCAGCUACACGCCCAUCCUCAACCCCUACACCCUGGCUGUCGCAACCACCACCUUCACAGUGCAAACCAGCAAGGCCAAGGAGCACUUUGGCUACAAGCCCCUCUACAGCUGGGAGGAGAGCCGGGCCCGCACUGCGAAAUGGCUCCAGGAGAUCGAUGCCCAGAGGGAUGCUGGGAAAUGAGACACGGGCCGUGUGUGCGGGGAAGAGGGACAGGGAAGCCAGGAUAGAGAGGGACUCCCCCCCUCGCUCCCCGAAAGCAGCCUAGCCCUGGGUUUUGCUUCCACUGGAGCAUCAGAGUACAAUUUCCCACACUCUUGCAGAAGCUGUGUUUAUGAUACCCAGUGCUGUCAAGAGUAAUUUCAUCUCGGUAGACUCUGGAUUACGCUAUUGGUUUAAUCCUUGUAAUUACUAUUAUUUAUUCAUCACUCGCAAAGCACUUAAAAGGAUGACCGGGAGAGGGUGGAAAGAGGAACUGAUCUGCGGAGAACCUACUCCAGGAUUUGGCAGCAACCCCUUUCAAUGAGAGCGUGCCAGUUCUACCGAUGUCUGUUUUGAAUGUUGGUUAAGCAUAUAGUUUUACUCCAGGGUCUCCAGUAAGAGCUGUGUGCUCCACUGGUGGCUGUCAUCCAUCAAGGCCUGUAGGGUGUUAAGCAGGAGGCUAACAUUAGGGGGCGCCAGAGGCAAUGGCAGGCAGAGCUAAAGAAUGCUAGAUUGGUCCUUAUCUUCCUACCUGGUGAAUUUUACAAGGGCAGCCCUGAGACUAAGGAAAAAGAGGACGCUGCCAGCUCAGUGCCACCUUCUGGGCUGGUUAAAACAAGGCAAGUUGGUGGGGCAGGGCUUCCCUUUUGCCAUAAUGAACCUGCCUCCCCUGGUGUGCUCUUUCAGCAGAGCCUCCAAUCUCAGUCUUAGAGUGACUUCUACAAUCUGGAUCUUGCUUGGGCUGCGUUGCACAUUCCAGACUCCCUCUCUGAUGGGAGUCCUCCUCCUUCCAGAACCAAUUUCCUUCGUUCUUAUUCCAUUCCCAUGGCAGUCUUUAUUUUCAGUGUGCUACAAAUGAACGGCACAGUGGGUCGGGGGGGGGGCUGUGUGCAAUUUCAUGCUGCAUCAUUCCUUUCCUAUAGCAAUGUGAAUCCCUCUGAAGGAUCCUCGAUCCAUUCCGCAUCGCCGCAAUCCCAUUCCAGUUUUUUCUUCCUAUCUAAGUUGCCACUACACCUCCAGUUCCAGUGCAGUCGGGAUCCAGAUCCAUGUUUUGAUUUUCAUCCAGCCUGUCCUCUGAGUGUAGGACUUCACUUAGCAUGACAUAUGAUUCCAUGAUUUAUUUUUCCUGCCACUUUUUGCGGGGCUUGUGCACUAUGAAUAUGACCGGAGAAUCAUGGCGUAUUUUUCUUUAAAAACACACACACCACUACAAUGGGUGGGUGGAGCCCAGAUUUCCCUGCCUACAGUCUUAUUAAUAAGGGACGGAGCUAACAGCCUCCCUGAUUCUGACUCUUUGCCAUGUGGUUUUACUCCUCCCCUUUGAGAUUUGACCCAGUGAAAGAGGCUCAUUUUCCUAAAACGUCCCGUCAUAUGCAGGAACGUGGCUGCCUCGCAGGAUCUAAGGAUUGACAGUAUUGAAUAAAAGUGACAAAGGCACACAACACACUGUUGCUGGGCUGGACAAGAUGCAGGAAAGCCCACUGACAAAAUCCUUAACAGGGAAGGCGAAAGUGUUUUGGACAUGUUUAAGUUUAGAUGAUUUGAAGGUUGGGGGUGAAUAGGAAUUGGUAUGGGGCAGGGGUGAAUCUCUUCCGUUUGCAUUUCCAUUCAGAGCUUAAUUCCUAGUUUCUGAACCACGAUGCAAACCGAAACGCCGCUUUCCUUUAAAAUUUGCACGUUUCUGAAUUUUGCGAUGCAGUUCUCAUAGUGUGCACAAAAAUGAAUAUUUAGUGUAGACAAGGCACAAAACUACGUUGUGUUGAUGGAAAUUGCUUGCAGAAAGGCAUGUAUUAGUAGGGGGUACCCCCCACAAAUUGAUUUAGAAAUGGGGCAUCCACCCUGAAGGUUUUAAAAAAGAGAAACUGCGAGGGCCGAUAGAAGCAGAUAAAAUGAUUUGUGACAUAGAGGAAACCGAUCGAAAUAGGUGUUUCUCCCUCUUUCGCAGUACAAAAAUUGGCUGGAGACUGAGGAGGAAGCUGUUUGCCACACAGUGACUUAAUUAAUUGAUGGAGUUCACUGUGCUGUCAGUAAAUGUGACGCCUACUCAGUUUAUAUCCCACCCUUCUUCCCGAGAGAGCUCAGGGCGCCAAAUGCAUAAGUAAAAAUAUAAUUGAAAACUUUCUAAAACCGGCUAAAAACAAGCACGUUCCUUCAGCCAGUUAUCUCAGGGGUUAUUGUUCAGCCAUCAAAUGCCCGGGUAAACAAGGAAGGCUUUUAAAAUCACUGGCUUAAGCUGGCUUUUUAGAGGGGACAAGGCAAAUAGAUGGCAGACAAGGCCACUGGUCACAGGGGUUGGAAGUGGGGUGUCCCUGGCUGGCAGAGAUUGCUCCUGCCUUGACGCUCUGUUCAUGGGCUCAUCAGAGGAAUCUUUUCUGGGCUAUAUGGACCUUUUCAUCAUAUCCGUUAGCAGGACCAGCUGCCUUCCCCCUGUAAGAGCAUUGCUGGUUCUUAACCUGGGCGCGGUGAAGAUGCCAGUCUGCUGCUCCCACUGGUGAAACAAAAUAAUAAUGUAGAAUUUAUUCCUUGACCAAAGUCUUAACUAUUGUAAAUAAAUACGUUGAAUUCUGA